GACGAAACUUGAACGCUAGGUGUAGAGUAGUGUAGUGUGUCAAACCAAAGCCUGAAUUACCGGGAAGCUAAAUAAAACGAUUCGUUUUGCAAACCAACAGAAGUCGUUGAAAUCACAGAAAAGAGACGAUAAUCUACUUUAACUGGCAGAAAACUGCAGCUCAUCCAUCCAUUCUCUUUGUCAUCUUGUGGACAAUGAGGUGAUUAAGUUUUGCUUCCUCUAUCCUCUACUCAGCACUUCUCUGGUUUAAACCCUCAACACACCACACCUCCCUUCCUCUAAUGUCAGAUAAUUCAGACCCAGACUGCAGCUCCAUGGCUAGGGGGGCCUCAGGGUGCAGGUCCAUGCCCAGGGGGGUCUCAGGGUGCAGCUCCAUGGCUAGGGGGGCCUCAGGGUGCAGGUCCAUGCCCAGGGGGGUCUCAGGGUGCAGGUCCAUGCCCAGGGGGGCCUCAGGGUGCAGGUCCAUGCCCAGGGGGGCCUCAGGGUGCAGGUCCAUGCCCAGGGGGGUCUCAGGGUGCAGGUCCAUGCCCAGGGGGGCCUCAGGGUGCAGGUCCAUGCCCAGGGGGGCCUCAGGGUGCAGGUCCAUGCCCAGGGGGGCCUCAGGGUGCAGGUCCAUGCCCAGGGGGGCCUCAGGGUGCAGGUCCAUGCCCAGGGGGGCCUCCGGGUGCAGGUCCAUGCCCAGGGGGGUCUCAAGGUGCAGCUCCAUAGCCCAGCUUCAUUGUAGGAGCAGCUAUAGCCAGGUUGGUCCUGGCCUGGGUCUAGCCUCAGAAGGUAGUGACAGCAGUUGCCAGGACCCCUCGGCCUCACCCAACAUUGGCCGUAGGAGCGCCUGCUCACGUUCCUUCCACGACGACGUGGACAUGAAGAGCAGUGGAUCCAGCGGGGCCGAGUCACAUGGCAACGAGAGCCACGGAAGCCAUGGAAACGAGAGUCACGGCAACGAGUCAACGGGUAGCUCCAAUGGCAACAGCAGAGACUCGGCUCUCCUGGAGUCGUCUGGGAGCAACAAGCGCUCUAACUCCCACAGCCCCUCUCCUCCCAGUAGUUCCAAUGCUUUCAGCCUGCUGAGUUCUGAGCAGGACAACCCUUCCACCAGUGGCUGCAGUAGUGAGGAGUCAGCUAAGGCCAAGACCCAGAAGGAGCUUCUCAGGACCCUGAAGGAGCUCAAGCGCCACCUUCCUGCUGACAAGAGGAACAAGGGCAACAAGUCCAGCUCCCUCAACACUCUGAAAUACGCCCUACGCUGUGUCAGACAGGUGGAAGCCAAUGAGGAGUACUACCAGCUGUUGAUGACCAAUAGCAGUCAGCCAUCCGGCCUGGAUGUGUCCUCUUACACCAUCAAGGAGAUAGACAGCAUCACCUCAGAGUACACCCUCAAAAACAAUGACAACUUUGCGGUUGCGAUAUCUCUGAUCACGGGGAAGAUCGUCUACAUCUCAGACCAGGCUGCCUCUAUCCUCAACUGCAAAAGGGGUGUCUUCAAAGACGCUAGGUUUGUGGAGUUCCUGACUCCCCAAGACGUCAGUGUUUUCUACAGCUUCACCACGCCCUACCGCCUGCCCUCCUGGAGCAUGUGCCCCGGAGUAGAGUCCUCCCCGUCGGAUUGCAUGCGGGAGAAAUCCUUCUUCUGUCGGAUCAGUGGGGGUAAGGAGUGUGAGGGGGACCUACAGUACUCUCCGUUCCGUAUGACCUCCUUCCUGAUGAAGGUGCAGGACAAGGUCCAUUCUGAGAACCAGCUCUGCUGCCUCCUACUGGCUGAAAGGUUGCAUUCCGGAUACGAGGCUCCCAGAAUUCCUAGCGACAAGCGCAUCUUCACCACCACACACACUCCUAGCUGUGUGUUCCAGGAUGUGGACGAGAGGGCUGUUCCUCUCCUUGGUUACCUCCCCCAGGAGCUGAUUGGCACCCCAGUCCUUCUUCUCAUGCACCCCAAUGACAGGCAGAGCAUGUUGGCCAUUCACAAGAGGAUCCUUCAGUAUGCUGGCCAGCCGUUCGACCACUCCUCCAUCAGGUUCUGCACACGGAACGGAGAGUACGCCAUCAUCGACACCAGCUGGUCCAGCUUUGUCAAUCCCUGGACCUGUAAGGUCUCUUUCAUCAUUGGGAGGCACACAGUCCGCAUGGGCCCGGUGAAUGAGGAUGUGUUCGAGGCCCCGCUCCCUGCCCUCAUGGAGACCAAGAUCAUGGACUCUGAAGUCCAGGAGAUCACUGAGCAGAUCCACAGACUGCUACUACAGCCGGUUCACAGCACUAGCUCCAGUGGGUACGUGGGAAGCAACGACCACCUUGCAGCAUCCCAGGGAAAGACCAGCGAGAGCAACACACAUUCAACCAGAGACAUCAACAUCAACAGCAAUGGUAGCAGCCCAAGCAGGACACGCAUCGAGGAGGAGGGAGAGAGCAGCUGGGCCAAACCUCAGAGGUCAUUCCAGGGGAUCUGUAAAGGAAUCCACCUCCAGAAAAGUCAGGAACAACAAAUCUACAAAGCCUCCUCCUCAGCCAGGUCUGAGACCAAGAAGAACCCUGGCAAGUUCCUCCAGAAGAGUCCCGCGGCGGUCCGUCUCAAGGACACUGCAGCCCCUGUGGCACCUCUGAGCUGGAGGGACAGUGGGGCCACCCCCCUGGAGAACUGCAGGCCUGCAGUACAGGAGGAGAGGCUGGCCGUCAACGACCAGGCGGUCUACUCCUACCAACAGAUCAGCUGUCUGGACAACGUCAUCAGAUAUCUAGAGGGCUGUAACAUUCCCAUCGCUAGGAAGAGGAAGUGCCACUCUUCUGACAACACUUCCUCAGACGAGGACAAGCAGAAAGGAGGGGACAACCACAUGCAGAUAUCUGAAGACCCUGCGCUAUUUAAGGCUCAGCCUGGUUUACCCGCUGUGGAUGAUAUCAUCGCAUACAAAAAGACUGAGGCUACGACCACAGCCUCAGGGGUAGUGGGUUCCUCCUCCCUGGCGGCCCUCGCCGUGCCACCGUGCAGCAAAACCGAGAGUGUGGUGUCUAUAACAAGCCAGUGUAGCUACAGUAGCACCAUCGUGCAUGUAGGAGACAAGAAACUGCAGCCCGAGUCAGAGAUCAUUGAGGAUGUAUCUGGUGGUGGGGAGGCGGUGGAGCGGGUCAGCCAGACUCCUGGGCCUCCUCCUAGUGCUGUUUCACCUCCCAGCCUGCAGAGGGAGCCCUAUAAGAAGCUGGGUCUGACCAAGCAGGUCCUAGCAACCCACACCCAGAGAGAGCAGCAGGCCUUCCUGUGCCGCUUCAAGGAGCUUCAGGGAGUCCAGGUCUUCCAGGCGAACUGUUCCCAAUACCUGGAGCGCCAGAAGGGACAAGGUGCCACUGAUGCUGUGCUCACUGUGCACCCAUGCAGGCAGGCCGAACCCGCUGCCCGUAGAAGCGGACGCAACAAGAAGACCAAGUCCAAGCGGGUAAAACAGAACGAGUCCCAUAGGAAGAGACAGCAGCAGCCCCGACCCCACCUCCUCAAUCAGGGCCUCAACCAGACAUCCUGGUCCCCCUCCAACUCCUCCCAGUCCACCUUGCCGCCCCUGGCCUACCCCAACAUAGUGCCAGCCUUCCCUCUCCAGGUCUACCCCGGGGUGGGCACCAUGGCUGGAACCAUGCCUACCAGCCCUGAGAAUUCAAUGCCAGGCUUCGGCGACAGUCAGUGCAACCAGGAUCCCCAGUGCCCGGCACCAAACAUCCAGCCCUCCCCCUUCUCUACUCCCAUGGUGACCCCUGUGGUGGCUCUGGUUCUCCCCAACUACAUGUUCCCUCAAAUGGGGAGCGGGGCGCCAGGACAGCAGCCUUUUUACCAGGUCGAGACGGCAGGCUACUCCUCCCAGCCACAGCCCUUCCUCCCACAGACAUCCCUCACCUUCCCUGCCCAGGGUCCCUUCCUGGCACAGCCACAGCCUUUCCCCCUACAGACAUCUCUUCCCUUCCCACCACAGUCAUCCUCCACCAUCCAGGCCCAGUUCCCGGGCCAGAACCCUUUAGCCCUCCAGACAGGUUUCCCAAUUCCCACCCAGCCUUUCUCUUCCAUGGCCAUGGAGCCCCCCAAGCCUUCUGGGGAAACCACCCAGUCUCGGGGCUCCACACCUGGGUCCAUGGAUGGCAGGGACCAAGUUCCCUCCCCUCCAGUGUUCCAGUCACCAUGCAGCUCACCCCUGCAGCUCAACUUACUGCAGCUGGAGGAGACACCAUGCUCCCUGGAGAGGCAGCACAGCAUGGUGGUAGCGCCCUCCAGUGGUGAUCCCCCGGGGAAUAACACCUUCCGCGAUAAGGGAAGGAGUGUGGUCUGCCAAGCCAUAGAGAAGAUCACGCUUCAGCAGGUGAGUUCGCCAGGCGACGGUAAUCCUAGCGACAUGCUUGACAUCCGGCUCCAUUCAGACUCUCACUCAGCCACCUCAGGGUCCAUGGGUUCAAGGUCUAAUGACUGUGGAACCUCAGCUAGAACGUCUAACAGUGGAAGGUCUAAUAAUAGCAGGACUUCGGGAUGUAGAAAGUCAGCUAGUGGAACGUCAACUAGUGGUGUAUCUGGCAAUGGCACAGUAUGCAGCAGCCACACCAGCAAAAAGAUCAGAAACUAUUUUGGCAGCGUGGAUUCCUCCCGGAACAGCAGCCAGAAGGUCAAAGGGCACUCCACCAGCUGCGAUAGUGGGAGAAGCAGUAGUGUCAUGGAGGUGCGGCCAAUGGAGAUGGAGCAGGGCCAACACGACAAGGGCAUCGAGAGGUUGCUUAGAGAAGACAGAGAGAGGCUGCGUGGGAUGCAGAAGAGUCAGCCGUGCUUCACUGGGGAGCAGCAGAGGGAACUGGUAGAGGUCUACCCCUGGAUGAGGAGUGGAGGGCUGCCCAAGGUCAUGGACGUCAAGGCCUGUGUGUGCUUUGAGGAGGAUGCUCCAGAGGCAGUGAUGUCUGAGGAGCAGCCUGACCUAGACAUGGGAGACACAGGGACUGAGACAGGCGAGGUCAGCCCCUCCAGGAAGCCCGGCGAGGAGCCCUUAAACACAGACACCUGCCCUUGUCCCUCUUCUGGCCUUGGAUCAUCAUAGCCACAUCCACACCCUGAAUCCACCCACCGCUGUUGAUUGUAACAUCAGCACUUCCUCCCAAGACUCGUUCUCAAGCGACAUCAAUUAUUGACCGGGUCCCACCCUCAGACCAACAGCUGUCCCUGACCAGGGAAUUACCAUAUUGGACUAUCUAGUAUUGCAUUUGUCCUGCUGGUGGUACACACCUUUUCUACAACCAGCUAAACCGUAUGGAAACUCUGCUACAGCCUGAGAGAACAACGGCCCACCUGGUCAAUUCAUUUUCUGUGUGUGAAUGUGUGAGAGAGAGAAAAAGAAGAUGAGAUUGAGGUUAGGCAGGUAGCCUAGCGGUGGGCAGGUAGCCUAGCGGUGGGCAGCUAGCCUAGCACUCGGCCAAUAACCGAAGGUCGCUGGUUUGUAUCGGCGAGCCGACUAGGUGAAAAAUCUAUCGAGGUGCCUUUGAGCAAGGCACUUAACGCUAAUUCCUUUUGUAAGUCACUCUGGAUACGAGCGUCUGCUAAAUUACUAAAAUGUCAACUCGGUGAGUUCCAGUGUGUGCAAAACACUGUUCUUUCAAUUCCAUCCAUCUCUUUUCCUGUGUUGUUUAACUGAUUAAAAGUAAUGCUUUCACUGAAGUUUAA